GUUUGUAACCCGCAGUGGGAAACGAAACGUCAGCCGAUGACACUCGAACGUGCUUAGCGCUAGUGAAUGUUUUUCAGUGCAGCAUAGUUUUUUUUAGCGCAGAGUUCGGUACUCGUUUAUGAAUGCGUUUGUAUUUUGGUAUUUAUGCCUAAAUAUAUGUAAAAAAUUUUUAUGAAAAUGAUUGGUGGAAGUGGUGAACACUUCUUGGAGCUGUCCAACGUGUUUCACUCUGGGCAGGUGGAGCCAGGAUCAUGCUUACAACGGUUAAUGGGUACAGUAAAAACUGGAGUCAUUGUGAAAGAUGUUUCACUGGAAGUACAUGGAGGGGAAGUACUUGCCAUUCUCGGUUCAAAAGGCAGCGGGAAACGAGCGCUGCUGGAAGUGAUCUCCCGCCGGGCACAGGGCCCCACGAGGGGGCAGAUUACGCUGAAUGGGGUGCCCAUGUCCCUGCGGCUGUUCCAGCAGAGCUGUGGCUACGUGACGCACAAGUGCGACCUGCUGCCGGGCCUCAGCGUGGAGCAGACCUUGUUCUUCGCGGCCAACCUCACCAUAGGCUCUCAGGUCUCUCGGUACGUGAAGCGGUCUCGUGUGAAGCAGGUAAUGGCGGACCUCGCAUUGUCGCAGGUAGCAAACAGAAGCACGGAUGAUCUCACACAGAGCGAGUACAGGAGACUCAUGAUAGGAGUACAGCUGGUCAGGGAUCCUGUGGUGUUGCUCCUGGACGAGCCGACGUGGGACCUGGACCCCCUCAACACGUACCUGGUCAUCUCGAUCCUGUCGAACCAUGCGCGCAAGUACGGCCGGGCGGUCGUGCUGACCAUGGAGAAGCCUCGGUCGGACGUGUUUCCCUUCCUGGACCGCGUCACCUACCUCUGCCUGGGCGACGUGGUGUACACCGGCGCCACGCGCCUCAUGCUGCACUACUUCCGCAACAUCGGCUUCCCGUGCCCGGAGUUGGAGAACCCCCUCAUGUAUUACUUAUGCCUUUCAACGGUGGAUCGAAGAUCACGGGAACGUUUCAUAGAGUCGAACCACCAGAUAGCAGCACUUGUGGAAAAGUUCAAAAUUGAAGGUGGUCCAUUUAGAAAAUCAUCUGUUAUGAACCAUGAAGGAAUGAUGCUGGAAACACCUGAUGGGCUUCACGUCGGUGGUGUACUGUCUGCCAGUAAAGUUCCACUGUCAGCUUUUGGUCGCCCAGGUGUGUUUCAAACUGCCUUCACACUGUACGUGAGGUUCCUGUCAUCCACAUUCAACCUACGACAAGUGGGUGUUUCCCAGGUGGCUCUUCGUCUUCUUACUUUGCCAACUUUCUACUUUCUCGUGUGGAUCUUCUACACAGGAAUGCAGGAUUUCCAGAGAACUUACAUCACCAGAAAUGGACUUAUAUUCAAUUGUCUGGCUGGAGCAUACUUCACAGGCAUCAUCACAACUACAUGUGCAUACCCGGCUCACAGGACACGUUACUAUCAAGAAGCCCAAGAAGGGCUCUACAGCGGACCAAUGUUCCUUUUUGUCUAUUAUUUAUUCUCACUACCGUUCUCCAUGGUGUCUGUGGCUGCGGCAUCUUGGAUCACUUUUGAGCUGACAGGUUUAGCAUCUGUGAUGGAGUGGCUUCUAUUUGCGAGUGUGCUGUGGUCCUGCCAUCUGUUGGCCGAACAACAAACUAUUGCAUUAUUGAUGGUGAUCAAGAGUGCUUUCACAGCUGCUGUCACAAGCAUAUACUGCACAACUUUAUACUUGAUACUUGGCAGCGGUGCUCUGAGAUCCUUCCAUGGGUUGUCAGAAUGGCUCUUCUACUUGACGUACGCCACACAAACUCGCUACGCCAGCGCGUUCCUCAACCAGCAGAUGUUUGGGAACGGCCGGCUCAGCGGACUACCGUACAGUGCCACCCACAACUGCUCCUCCGUGAUCCUGGUGCAGGAGUCUCUGCUGACAGCUUCGUCAACGUUCACUUGUCGCUACGCAGACGGGUCGGCGUACCUGUCCGAGAGGUACAGCCGGAGCGGCAACGACGCACUCGCGGAAGUGCUCGACUCUGACCUCAACUUCGGAGUCACUUUCGCUUACUCCCUCAGUUUCCUGAUCAUAAACUGUUUGCUGUACCUGGUGCCACUGCCGGCUUUUGUGAAGGCAAAGUUUCGUGAAUAACAGUUUUAUUGAAAAAAUUAUAAGUAACAUGUAUAAAACACAUUCAUGUAUAACAAUAUUUUACAACAUUGCUACAUAAGUCAUAUGUAUACAGAUACAUUAAAUAUUUUAUAUUACUGGUAUUGAAAAAUAGCAAUUGUUAUAAAAACAAAAUAAACUUUAUCUGUACAUAAACACAAAUCUAUUCUAAAAGAUAAACAUGUAAAAGUUUUCUUCAACUGAUAAACCCAAUAUACCAUGAA